AUGCUGGCCCCUCCAUCGGUCACGGUCAAGCCUCCGGCCGUGAUCGUUGCCCCACCGUUCUCAACUUUUAACCCGCCCGAUGUAAUCGUGGCGCCGCCCAUGUCAAUAGUCAGCCCCGUAUCCUUGAUCGUGGCGCCACCGUAUAUGGUGGUCGCACCAGAUGAUGCGACCUUAAAGACGCCUCCGGCCGUGAUCGUUGCCCCACCGUUCUCAACUUUUAACCCGCCCGAUGUAAUCGUGGCGCCGCCCAUGUCAAUAGUCAGCCCCCCUCCGGCCGUGAUCGUUGCCCCACCGUUCUCAACUUUUAACCCGCCCGAUGUAAUCGUGGCGCCGCCCAUGUCAAUAGUCAGCCCCGUAUCCUUGAUCGUGGCGCCACCAUAUAUGGUGGUCGCACCAGAUGAUGCGACCUUAAAGACGCCUCCGGCCGUGAUCGUUGCCCCACCGUUCUCAACUUUUAACCCGCCCGAUGUAAUCGUGGCGCCGCCCAUGUCAAUAGUCAGCCCCCCUCCGGCCGUGAUCGUUGCCCCACCGUUCUCAACUUUUAACCCGCCCGAUGUAAUCGUGGCGCCGCCCAUCGUGGUCGCGUCCGUGGACUUGGUAAUGCUGGCCCCUCCAUCGGUCACGGUCAAGCCUCCGGCCGUGAUCGUUGCCCCACCGUUCUCAACUUUUAACCCGCCCGAUGUAAUCGUGGCGCCGCCCAUGUCAAUAGUCAGCCCCCCUCCGGCCGUGAUCGUUGCCCCACCGUUCUCAACUUUUAACCCGCCCGAUGUAAUCGUGGCGCCGCCCAUGUCAAUAGUCAGCCCCGUAUCCUUGAUCGUGGCGCCACCAUAUAUGGUGGUCGCGCCUGAUGCGGCCACCUUAAAGACGGACGUGGGGGUGGCGCCGGCCUUGGCGUCGAUGAAGGUGAACCCACUGCCAUCUGUAUCGAACGAGGUCAUGGAGACCAUCGUUUUUGUGAAUGUAGUAGCAGAAUUGGUAAGCGUGAGCGUGUUGGCCGUCGUCCCCGAGUCGGAAAUGCUGGCUCCGCCGGUGCCCUGA